AAUAUAAAACAGCUUUGUAAUUGUGCACAUAUGUUAUAUAUUCGAAUUAGACAUGGAUCGAUUAUAAACACCUCUAGAAUUUCAGAACAAAAAAAAGGUGAACAUUAUUUUAAUAUUAAACAUAUCGAAAAGCCUGUAAAAUGACUUAUAAAAAAAGGAAAUAGAAAUUUCACACUCGUAUAAACAAAAAAAGACACACGCGCCAAAUUAAAUAAAAAUAACAACUAAAUAAAGUGAUCAAAUAAGAUCUCAUUAAAUUGAUUGUGUAACGAGGCGUGUGGGAUGUUGAGUGUGCUUGAAACCACGUCGUCCAAGUGCCAACUGCAUGCUAUAAAAAAUAGGUGAUCAUGAUGUUGUAGCGUUUUUCAUUCAGAGUAACUAUCUGAUCUUUUCGAUUUUUGUCAACACUUUGGAUCACAUCAUCGAUGGUUUCAGCGAUAAGCUUAUGUUUUUAACAUUGCAAAGGCUACGAAUGAACACGAAUUUUUCAGUUAUAUCAUGAAUAGUAGGCACAACAGUUCGAUUAUGUUGACAAUAAAUUUCAUGUAGUGCACGAAACGUAGUCAAAAUUAAUUCGUUAAUUUUGCAAUGAAUUUUAAGUGCUUAUACUUUGUGCAAUUGUGUAUAUUUCUAAGCUGUUUUGACAAAAACAAUACUGAAUACAAAUAUCAAUUUUCGAUGCGUAUCUGUAAGAGACGAACAAUAUGAUAAUUAAAACAUGUACAGCUUCAACCCUUUGCUAAGACGAAAGGCCUUUAUUCUUUUUUUUUAUAUCAUGCAAACAAAACUUAGUUGCUAGAACAUGAAAAAGCCAGCUGUAUUGUCUGGUCAAACGAUUUAGAAACGAAAUAAGAACAUUUCUGACAAAAAAGGCUAUAAAUUCGACGAAAACAAUAAUUAAUUACAAUUUGAUACUAAGAGCUUUUUCUAAUAGACAUGGGAUGUGAUGGAGGCACAAUACCAAGACGGGAUGAACUAGUACGUGUUAAAAAGAAACCAGAACAGAAAGAUAAAGAUGCUGAACGUGAAUUUCGAUGGCUACAUUGUGCUCUCACGCAACAGCGUUUGCAAGAGCCCAUUGUUAUGUGUGGUUUGGGCCGUUUAUAUUCAAAGCAAAAUGUUAUAGAGCAAUUACUAGAAAAAGACAAAAUGCCCGACACCAUUAAACACAUUAAAAGUAUGAAGGAUAUUAAACAAUUAAAGUUGACGCCCAAUCCAGCGUUUACAGAAGCUGAUAAAACGGAGGUACGGCAUGCACCGUAUAUCUGUAAACUUAUUGGCUUGGAAAUGUCAGGGAAGUUCCGUUUUAUAGCAUUAUGGAGCUGUGGUUGUGUUGUGUCUGAAAGAGCUAUAAAAGAAAUUAAAGGUUGUUCAAAAGGUGUCGGCAGUCUAUGUCCGCUUUGCCAACAACCUUUUAAUGUUGAGGAUGUAAUUGUACUCAAUCCCGUGGACGAAGAUUUGGAAAUGAUGCAUUUGAAAAUGGAAAUGCGCAAUACGAAGCGGAAGGCAAAUAAAAAAUGCAAGAAAGAUAGUUAUCCUAAAACAGAAAGUGUAAUCGAAAAGCCUAGUGAAAAAACAGACAACAAAGAAGAUGAACAAUCUACGGACGAACCAUCGACUAGCAAAGAUUUAACAGCAACUGCCAAAAAAAUGGGUAAUCUUGCCAAGUUAAAAGUUGUGGCUAAUCUUAAACGUUUGGGUUCGGGUUCAGAUGUCUUAGAAGACCCUGAAAUGAAGCGUUUAAAAACUGAAUACAGCGUAGCUAAGGACCCUAAAGCUACUGAUGUGUACAAAUCUCUCUUCACUACUCAUAGCAGUGCUAAAGAUCAAGAACGUGCUCAUUGGAUUACUUACAACCCAUUUUAUAAUUAAUAGUAGAGAUAGACUAGAAGUAUUCGGAACGUUAUAUACAAUCAAUGUGAAAAUAGUUACAAAUUUGUAAAAGUGCAGUGAGUUUAUUAAAUGAUGU